AUGACUCAAACAAUUCCCUCCCACCGCCGUUCUCCUUCGACACCUUAUACAAAACCCAAGGCGACUCGUCCAGUCUUACAUCGUCGAGGAACGUCAAGUGCCAGUGUCUCUAUCUCCAAACUGGGCGCAGGACGAGACCGUGGAACGAAGCCAACUGACGACGGGGACUUUGAUAUGGCCAGUUUUCUCAACUUUUGUGCCAUGUGCGAAAACCAGAUUACCACUCCCAACAACUCUCUGUUAUAUUGUAGCGAAAGAGUUAUUUUUGGGGCUUACGAUAAGCUUAUCAUCCAUAUACUAAUUCUAUCUUUUAUAGCUGUCGCCGCAAGGACUCCUGCAAACCUCUCUCAGCAUCUCUUCCUUCAAUGUCCACCAUGUCCACAUCUCCCCCAGCAUCACCUCCUCCUCUCUCCACGCACCAUUGUGGCCCCAAUGACUCCUACUCGUGUGCCCUUCGCCACGAAACCCAGCCACACCCACGAGGGCAAGUCAGAUCUUGACCCCACCGAGUGGAAGCCCGUGUUACUGCGGAGCACCUCGUCGCUGUCAUCCUCCGACGCCUGGAACUACCUCUCGCAGUUCCACGGCGGCGAGCCAAUGCGGUCCACCGUCCACCGCAGCUCGUCCAGUCUGCCCGCCCUGGCCGGCGGUGCCAACCACGUGCCCUCGCUGACCCACACGCCAUCCGUGGCCUCGUCCGUCAGCAGCACGGCCUCCGACUACCUCGGCAGCAUGUACGAGGCCCGCCCGCUGCCUCCUCGUCAUAACCCGUACUUCUCGGGCACGAGCAUGACCAAGGGUGUCGAGCUGGUUGUCCCGCAUAUCGCCAUCAACGACGACCUGGGCCCUGUCGAUGUUUCCGACAGUGGCUCCAUCUUCCCUGCCAGCAGUGCUGUCUGGGGGGAUAGCUGUGAGAAACGCUCUGCGCCUAUCAGUAUGGCGCGGGGAAUUGGCGGCCGGCCCGUCGAGACUUGCGUGAAGAACUGA